CUGCCAUCUGGCGCAAUUAUUUGACAUUUAGGCGAAUAACAUGGCUUUUGUAAAUCGAAAUUAAAUACUAUUAUCGGUGUUAGUUUGCGCUGGCAAAUAAUGCGCAAUGUUUAAAAUUACUCGUUAUUAUAGUGCGUGAUUUCUUUUUAAACCAGUCAAAACACAAACGAUCGGGAAAUGUGCGCUGUCAAAUUGGACAUUGGUACCGUAGUUUUAUGACCACAAAGCAUAAUGGGGGCUAAACCUUCCACCGCUAACGGCACCCAGAGCCCCAGAACGAGGGCCUUUUCGACGAGCAGCUCUUCUGAGGUUGUGGGACCAAGUUUUCGUUUUAUGCGUUCUUUGGGCAUGGAUAUGUCCAACGACAGACAAAGAGCCAGGUCGCUUUCCAGCGUUCCAGAUUUGCAUGCCAGCCAUGAAGCAAUAAACACUGGGGCCACAUAUGAUGUGUCGACAGGGGCCAGCCCUGAAACCGAUAGCAGUUCAGCUGAAGAAGCUGGCUCGGUACUAAAUUCUGCUGCUGCUAACAUUGCUCUUGGUAGAGUUUAUGCAGCCCAUUCCCUUCCCUCACACAUAUGGUCGCUAAAUGGAAUUAAAUGCCCAGUAUGCAGCAAAUUUGUCAUACCCGAUGAUAUAGAAUGUCACCUAGUAAUGUGCCUAACUAAACCACGGCUUUCCUACAACGAAGACGUUUUGACUGAUGAUAAGGGAGAAUGUGUAAUUUGUUUAGAAGAACUGAACCAAGGUGACAUUAUUGCUCGCCUUCCUUGCCUAUGUAUAUAUCAUAAGACGUGUAUAGAUCAGUGGUUUGAAAUAAAUAGGUCUUGUCCUGAACACCCAGGCGAUUAGCAAAAUUCCUAAUAUUACAAAAUUGUGUACAUAAUGUAAAUACAUAUAUUAUAUAAUAUGAACUUUUAGAACAUGUAAUACAAAAUGUUGGAGGGUUAAACAAAAUUUGAAACGGCUACCUUUCCGAUUUUUUUAUUGAACCAUGAAAUUUUUUGAGUUUAAUUGCAAGGGCGCAACAAAAUAGACAGGAAUAAAAUACAAUGAGUUACACAUAUCAGUGGUUUCUUUGUUUCUUAAGUUUUUAAUAUACACUGAAUUUUUUGCCUCGUUUUGUUCAUUUAAUUGUUGUUAUUUUGCAAUUAUUGAUUAAUGUGUAAACAAUAAUAAACCUCAAAAUCCCAAUAGGUUUGGUUUUAGAAUAAAUUUUGUUUUUUAUUCCCUAUAAAUCUGAUCAUUUAAAUAAUUGAUAAACCAAACUUGUUUGUAUUAUGUGGCUGUUUUAUUUAAAAAAAAAAUGAAUUAUUGUGUAAUAAUCUGUAAUACAUCAAAUAUUAAUAAUCUAGCAUAAUAAUAUUUAUAUUAGAAAGGUACUUGUGUUAACAAAGAAAUAUUUUUGAUACUUUCAUACAUAAUGCUUAAAUUUUAUUUUGAAUGAUAAUUUGGUCUGUAGGUUGAGUACAAUCAAUGUUAGUAAGUUUAUUAUUGUCCCUAUGUAUCUGGGAUUUAACUCUUGAUAUCACAUAUAAAUAUUUUGAUUUGCAAUGUAAAGGAAAACGAAGCUUGAUAAAUUUAUACCUGUAAUUAUAGUCAAUUAUUUUGUCAUUAUAUAAUCAAAUGACAAACCCAAAAGUUUUCCUAUUUUGUAAAAAUAUAAUUAAUUGUGAUUCCUUCUUUUUAUAUUUGGUCAUGCAUACAGUGAUUUUAAUUUUCAAGUUAGUGUAAAAAUAAAACCAACCAAAGACAUUUUGUUAAUGUGAUUAAAUAUAAGGUGCUAAUUACGAUUUACAGUAAAUUUUAGUUCUAUGUUAGAAGAAUUAAAAAAGUUAUGACAUAUUCUUCAUGAUUAUGAUAGAUUGUUUUUUUGUAUGUUACUUUUUAUAUUUGUUGCAUAACUUCUUCAAAUAGAAGUGCCAUAAUUUGAUUAUUAUAUCUUUAAGGUGUAGAAUUGUAGUUAAUAAUAAAUAAAAG